AUGUUGCACAACCGUGUGAUAGCAAAGAUGUCGUAUGUGUAAGAAAAGGUACAUUUUGUUUUAUAUGACAGAAGAGGCUUGAUCUGUUAUAAAGUUAACUUGUGUACCCAGGAGACGGCUUCCUUUAAACUUCACUGAGCUGAUAAGUUUCCCUCUCUUUCACUGGAACUGGGAUUAACAGCAGCACUGAAAAAGAGACUUUAAAAAGAAACAGGACAUCAAAUGAGCCUGUUGAACUCAGUCUGAUCUGUAGUCGACUGAUUAUUCUCUUGGGACUGCUGAUAGUGUGUCACCCUCUGUCCAGCCUCUCUCUGCUGUCUGCACAAAUAUAAUAUCAGCCGGCAUCAGCAAUGUGGUGUUCAUGCCUCCUGCUGUUAGCACUCACUGCAUAUACAGACCCAGUUGCAGGGUACAGUAAUGGGAAAGUUAGUGUUGCCUGUGGAGACAUGGUGCCUCAGCAUGGCUAUGAUCCCAGCCCAGACCCUCCUCCAUACAGCAUCAGCGUAGAUAAAUCCAUAUGCGGUCCACUUGACAACAUCACAGUGUCUUUAGAAGUGGCCUCCUCCAAACGCACCUUCUUCAGAGGGUUCCUGAUAGAAGCUCGGGAUGCUGGGAAAUUGAGCUCCCCAGCAGUUGGACUCUUUGUUCUGACUGACCCAAUGGAGUCCCAGUUAAUACUCUGUAGCCAGGGAUCUGCGGUGAGCCACAGGAGAAGCUCAAAGAAGACUCACAUUCGGGCUGUGUGGCAACCCCCAAAAGACCCUCCACAAAAAGUCCAGUUUCUUGUGACAGUGGUGCAUGAAUAUAAGGUGUACUGGGUGAGGAUCGCAGGUCCUGUGGUGUCUCUGAGUCAAGCAACUGCUGUUCCAUCCACUGCUGUUCCUGCUCAAACCACCAGGCCCACUGCUCUGUCAACACCGUUUAGUUCAGUGGGGUGUGGCUGCAGUAAAUCUUGCCUCCGAGACCCAGUGGGCUGUCACCCAGAGUCAGAUCCCCACUGCUUCUUCCUGUCUUUUAUCCCUGAUGAGCAGAGUGUGAUGUUUGAACUGAGUGGGCCUGCUGAAGGUUACGUAUCCUUCGCCCUGUCUCUGGACAAAUGGAUGGGGAAUGAUGACAUCUAUCUGUGCAAGAAUGAUGAAGGCAGUGUUACAAUCAGUGCAGCCUAUGCCACGGGACGAAAACACCCUGAACUGGCAACAGAGAAGGGUCUGUGGAAUCAGGCCUGGAGGUUGGCCGAUGGAGUCAUUCAGUGUCGUUUCCAAAGAAACAUACUCCUCCCUCAGCUGGAGAACAGGUUCAACCUAAACCAGAGCUACUUCCUGUUUCUUACACAUGGUAGAGCUCACCAGGGUUCAAUCCACAAACAUGAUCGGCAGCCUCUCAUCUCCACUAAUCAGAAGUUGAUCACUGGACAUCCAGAGGAUCUAUUUGGCUCUCGAUCCCCCCUGCUGAUCAAGUUCCAUGGUGUGUUAAUGCUGACUGUCUGGAUGUGGAUGGUGAGCACUGCCACUGUCAUUGCUCGCCACUGCAAACACUUCUGGCCUGACACAACUCUGUUUGGACAAAGGCUGUGGUUUCAGCUCCAUCGAAGCAUGAUGGUCUUUGCUGUGGUCGUAACUGGUGUGGCCUUCAGCUUGCCUUUCAUAUAUAGAUGGGGAUGGAGCAAGCAUGCAGGCUCACACCCUUACUUAGGCUGCACUGUCAUGACUCUGUCUGUCAUCCAGCCAAUUAUGGCAAUUCUCAGACCAGCCCCAGUGUCCCCCAGGAGGAUUAUCUUCAGCUGGAUGCACUUUGCAACAGGCACUGUUGGCCAGAUACUUGCUGCAAUAUGUGUGUUCCUGGGUUCUGCUCAGCAGGCAUUGUUGUUACCCAGUCCCUGGUCUCCUGCAGUGCUGACUGGAUGGCUGCUGUGGAUCGUGCUGGUAGACCUCAUGUUAUUAAUCCACUCCUGCAGACUCAGGAGUAGAGCAAAGAGCAGCAGUGACGACAAAGAGAACAUUUUGUUUGCUCAGUCAGACACGCAACUUAAUGGAGAGAUUUCCAAAGUCAAGAAGAUGGUGUUAUUGGUGUUCCUAAUCGGAAAUACAGUGCUUCUGGCUGCAUUUAUAAAAGCUAUUGCAAGUGUAUAAUUACCACAAAUGCUCCUUUUUUGCAAUGUUUUGUAAUAGUUCUAUAUACAGUAUAUAUUUCUGUUCAAAAGUUUGUUCUGGGAGUUUUUCCUUAGUCGAUGUGAGGGUCGAAGGGCAGAGGAUGUUGCUGAUGUUAUGUAAAGCCCUUUGAGACAAACUGCUUGUAAAAAUGGGCUAUACAAAUAAAGUUGUCUUGUCUUCUCUUGUCUUUAAAGUUCAUAUUAUUUUAGUGCAAAUAGUUAAUUUAAAAUUAAUAUAAAAUUAUGUAAUGUGUGUAUAUAAUUAAUUAUAUUGAUAAUUUUGGCAUGAAGGUUGAAUUAGCCCCAUUGAAGUGCACUGAAAACUUAUUUUUGUAGAUUCAACAGUUUCCAUUAUUUCUAUCUAUCUAUUUCUAUCAUAAAUAAGUCAGUUCUGAUACACAGACUCAAUUUGACACACUUAUUUGUUGGAGAAAACAAAGGUGAACUGUAAGUAAGCAUCCAUUACAAUUUAUUGUUGUUCUUCUAUGUAGUACUAUUAUAACUAACUUAAACAACAUAAUACAUAGUCUUCAGAAUUCCAAUUAUAACAACCUGUCAUGUUUGUCCUUUGUAAUUUAUGAUGUUUAUU